AUGUUCAAGGGGGCUGUUUACCUGAACAAUUCCGAUAACGUUAGUGAGACGGAAAGUAGAAAUGCGGGCCCCAUCAUUCAUGCUAGAUGUUUAUCAGAGAACAAAAUAUCUGUUGUGACCAAUACAAAGCUUGAUUAA